AUCUCCUACCAAUGAGAAGUACACGAAUUGUUCGCCAGAGCGCUUCGUUCACUUUCAUCCGGUCGCAGACGGUUGCCUCCUUUCGGCUGUUAAUCAUUUAGUGCCUCAACAAUCACUAACAAUCACCCCUCGAUUUCAAAUUUCACCGCGUUAGCGCCGUAUACAUGACUGAUGAUCUCAGAAGUCAUCUCACGAAUCUUGUUCAGUCAACAAUAACCACUCGUGCCGAUACAAGCAGUCUAACAAGAAAUAUACACGACGAAGAUCCAAGGUCGCCUGCAGUUUUCGUAGAAAGUCAAUCGAACGCAUACGAGGAAACUGUUGUUCGCUGUAGCAGCUUCAGUGAGUGAUGCAGUUCGCCGUGGGCAUUGGAAGAGACCAUUUCACAUGAUCGUGCAGUCACGUUACUUCGACCUUAAUUAUCAAUUUGUUCGGUUUUUUAAAUCAUUUUAUCGAUUUCUGAUUACUCUACGACCAUACCGUUUACUUAAUUCCAACGCUAAUCGAGGAAUCAGACGAUUUGUACCUUAAAAGUGUAAAGAAGUUACAGAAAGAUUGUUAGUAACGGACAUCGAGAAACUGUUGUUGGAACAUAGCAACCACUACGGAAGACUAAGCCAGAGGAAACACAGAGAUCUCAUAAUAGAAAAAAAUAGAAGAAGAAACGAAAACGAUUCUAGUCAACAAAUUCCGGAAAAACGGUAGCAAUAAGACACCGAAGUGUCUAGAAUUUGCCUUCAAAUCUCAAAAAAGACUAAGUAUAUUUUUAACUUAGAAUGUAACACCUUAGACGAUUAGCAAAUCCUAGAGAAAUUCUGUCUAAUUCGUGUAUAAUCUCGAGCAGUCCUUCCAUCCUUCUUAUUCCCAAACUUAUUGGAUAGAAUCAAUCAUGGCGAGCGUCGAUAAGAACCUCGAAGAGCUAAUGUCGUACCUGGGCGAGUUUGGGAAGUAUCAAUGCUGGCAGUUCUCCUUGCACAUUAUCGGUGCCUUGACAGCCGGUCUUCACAUGCUGACACUGCUAACAGUAGCAGCCGUCCCUCCUCACAAAUGCGACAUUCCGGAGUCCUUAGGCUCCCUAAAUGCUUCAUCGGCUGCCUGGAACGCGUCGUUUAUGCUGGAAGAUCUCCCUCGAUCGGUAGACGCUUGUCACUACUUAGACGUAAACAAUACUAUGCAAAAAUGCAACUCCUGGACGUACGACACCCAGUACUUCCAAUCGUCUCGUGGAAUGGAAUGGAACUUCGUGUGUUCCCAGCGCUGGAUGGGUUCACUGGCCCAGUCGGCCUAUAUGUUCGGCGUUUUCAUCGGUGCAGUGUCCCUAGGAAGCCUAGCGGACAAGUACGGCCGCAAAAUCAUCUUCUACGUGUCCGCAGUGGCUCAACUAAUCCUCGGAGUGAGCGUCGCUUUAGUGAACGACUACUAUAUUUUCUUAUCUCUGAGAUUCCUCUACGGAAUCUUCGGAUCAGCUGGAGCCUAUAUCACAGGAUUCGUGUUGACUAUGGAGCUAGUCGGCGCAUCUAAGAGAACAGUCUGCGGAGUGAUGUUCCAGUUAGCGUUCGCAGUUGGAUUCAUGCUGGUAGCGGUCUGGGGAUCUGUGAUCAAAGAUAGAAUGUGGCUGCAGAUCGCCUACGGUAUGCACAGUGCUCUUUUGAUCGGGCACUGGUGGCUCAUGGAUGAGUCUCCGAGAUGGCUUUGGGCCCAAGGCAGGGUCAGUGAAGCCCUAGUGAUAGUUCAGAAAGGUUUGAGGAUGAAUGGGAACAACGUGGACAUCGAUGCAGCUAAACUGAUCAGCGAAGCAAAGGUCCAGCGCGUCAGGCAAGAAGAAAGGUCUUACGGGGCCUUGGAUCUCUUCAGGACGCCAAACUUAAGGAAGAAGAUGUUGAACGUCUGCCUGAAUUGGUUCGCCAACUCUCUCGUCUACUACGGACUGUCGCUGAACGUAGGCAACCUGGUUGGCAAUCCUUUCCUGAUGAUGUUCCUGAGCGGUCUUGUCGAACUGCCUUCUUACAUUCUAAUGUGCCUGUUGAUGGACAGGACUGGGAGAAGAUGUGUAGUUAGCACCUUCAUGCUGAUUGGCGGAGUUUGCUGCAUUGUAGCUUCCAGUGUGCCAACUGGGAGCAGCGUGGCUGCUACCGCGAUUGUGGUGAUCGUUUUGUUUGGUAAAGCAUGUAUAGCCGGUUCGUUCGCUGUCAUCUACAAUUAUACAGCCGAGUUGUUCCCUACCGUGGUCAGGAACACUGCUCUGGGUAUCGGGUCUAUGUGCGCUAGACUGAGCGGAGCUUUAACGCCUAUGAUCAUGCUGUUGGACUCGUUUAAUCCCAAAGUGCCAGCGGUCUUGUUUGGGUUCGUUGCUCUGGUGUCCGGGUUUUUAGCAUUGUACUUGCCUGAGACAGUCAACCAGCCGAUGCCUGAGAGCAUUGAGGAUGGUGAAAACUUUGGGAUCGGUGACACGGUAUUUACAACUUGUCUGGGACCGAAGAGGAAGACUAGUGCUAGUUACGAAGUAACGAUGAACCAACUAGGAGAAAAGGACGAGAAGGAGAAACUUAAUCAAGCUGAGGCUGCGAAGUGAAAUGUGAAAGUGAUGAUGGCUUUCGCGAGAUGUCCCAGUGGUUCUCAUUGAGAGCGCAGUGGUGUAUGACAGUAGGGUGGCUCGCAAUACUAAUGCGAUCUUGUGAUGUAAUUUAUAUUGAUCGGAACCAUUCUAUGUAUUAAUCGGACGGUGUUAAUGAUAAUGAAAAACAAACGAUGUUGCAUCGCAAUUAGCAACACAUACAUAAUAAAUAUCUUUGAUACGAACUAAAUGUCAGCUUUUAUUAGUGGACAAAUAGAAACAAAAAAAUUGUUAAUAAAUUAAUACGUGUAGCUUGUUUAAAUUAUCAAACAUAUAUUUUUAGACGUAUCUGCAGGUUUAAUUUAUUUACUCAAAUUUCACAUGAGUACUCAGUUAUCGAUUUCACUUAAUUAAUGAUAUUUAAUGAUUUUUUUCUAAUUUAUUGAAUGUAAGUAAAAAAAUACACAAACACGUACGAUAAAUUUCCUUAAACACUUCAUCAUAGUAAUAUCUGUGCGACCAAUGAGAACUCAUGCAGUUGCAGGUUAGAACGGUUUAGGUUUCUAAAGAAAAACAUUUUUUAAUUUAAAAAUAUAAUUAUAGACAUUUUUAAAUGUACAUCCAGAUUUUCAUAUAACUGAAAAUUAGAUAAGAACUGAUAACUAUCGCUCUGUCUUAUGUCUGCAGAUCAACGAAAGCACUAUGUAGCAUAAUAUAAGGAAACAAUUUAUCAAAAAGUACGUGUCGAGUAACGAGCUGCAUCUGUAGCAUGGUUAUUUUGUAACUCGCUACCGUGUUAUCCAAUUACGAUAACUUAUCCAUACUGCAGGUUUUCAAUUGCGAUCGUAAUACAAGUAUGGUAACACAGGAGAACUAUUUAUCGAUAUUUUACGCAUGACUGUAAUCACGCAUGCUAAAUUGGAAUAGGACAUUCCACCAGAUAAGGUGAACGUGAAACGUCUUUUAAGAAAUGAAACUUCAAUAUAUACCGAUAUAUUUUUCUAUUAUUUUAUAUCAUAGUAAUUACGACUAAAUACAUUUUAAGGCGAAUUCAAGUUUAUAUAUGUAAUGCAUAAAUUCAUGUUAUGCAAUGAAGUAGAAAUAAAAUUCUAUUUUGAGAUAUUUUCCACUAUUUUAAGCAUUAGGUAGCUUUUUUAAAUUCUACAGCGUUCAAAUAUUUUAAAAAUGUAUAAAUAUUAACCUAUUAAUACGUUCUUCAAGUUGUAAUUUAUUGCGGUGACACUAUACUAAGCGUUUAACAUUCUUUCUUGCAAACGUGUGUGACUUACUGUUUGACAUAUGUACGUAAUUAAGAACAUCCAUAUACAACUGUUUCAAUAAAAACGCACAAUUAGACAGACAGUAACUCGCGUAGCUUUUAAUUUACGGUUGAUAACGUAAUUGGUUUAGCGUGAAUAAAGGAUAUAACGAUACAUGAUACUAUUUUGUACAAUAUUUCAGCAUUUUGGUGCAUUUCAGAACCAUUUGAAUGAUAAAUACAGUAAUAAAAAUGAUUCAUUUAUUAUAAGAAGUGAAAAUUAAAUAGCAAUUUUGCUUUUUCGUUAAUGAUUUUAAAAAGAUAAAUGUAAUUCAUUGACAUUCUUAAAUUCAUUGAAUCAUUUUACUACUUCAAAUUACACGUACCUAUUUUCAUCGUAAAUGCAUAAAAUCCACAAUUUAAUAAUAAGUGUGUUAUGUUAGUUUACUAUCUCAGACCUGUUUCGUAAAAGGAAAUUGUUCGUUCUAUUGAGUGAGCAAGCAUGUAACUUAUAUGAACUAAUUUGUUUUUCUUUAUAACUAACGAAAACAAUUUCAGCUUAGCAUAAAACAAUACUGCAUAUGUUAAGUUGGAGUUAAAUCUCGUCGAUUAGUUUUUAAUUACUUUCUAGCGUGCUUUAAGAAGCAGAUGUUCUUAAAGAUUUGGAUGACGCUUAUUUAUACUUCGGUUAUUGUCUGAUAUCUGUAUACCAAGAUAUACAUAACUAAGAAUACUUAAAUUAGAAGAUAAGCAGCUUGUUAUGUUAUUUUUUUAUGUUUUCUGUCAGCUAUUUCUUUGCUUACUAAUAUUUCGAUUAGACACCUCCGAAAUAUAAUUAUUUGAUUGUGGAUUUUAUGCAUUUUUGACAAAAAUGACUAAAACAAAAACAAAAAAUUAAGAACAUUAGAAGAAUUUGAGAAUAACUUAUGUAUUAUGUAUAACUUAUUCAAAUUAUUAAAAGUGAUAAGACAGUUCCAUCUGACUUGCAAUUCUUAUAAUUAAUUUAGACAAUGUUUAUUUUGCAUAAAUAUCCGCAGUCUAAUAUAAUUAGUUAAUUUAAGUGCUUAUUGAACCUAUCCAUAAUUACUAGAAUUGUAAUCAUGUUGAGUUAACAAAUGGAAUGAUCGUAAAUAGAACUCUGUCAAAAUGCUUUUGUGUGAAUUACGUAGUAAUGUAUAGAAUUAAUUUAAAGGUUGUGUUACAUUGACAUCGAAUUUAGUCUAUCCAUUAUAAUUAAGUUCGGCCUGUGAUGGGUUACAUUCAUGUUAAAUCUAAACUAUAUCUACUUUGAGCCUUUCAACGAGUAUUAUUUUACUAAUACUCUUAGAAGAUUGUAAACAGAAUUGGAUGUAUAAAUAUUUUUAUUAUAAUUCGUUAUAAUCGAAAGAUGGUAACGUUGCAAUACAACAAACAAUACAUCACAUCUUUUAGCCCUCCCAGUACCGGUGAUUGGGUGUUUACGCGCAGCUCCACGUUCGGGUUCAGACGGGCCCAUGACCUUACGUAUACGAACAUUUUAAACCAAAAUUUUGUUGCUGUUAUCACCAUUAUUAUUAUUAUUACUAUUAUUAUUACUAUAAUUUUACUGUACUUGUCUACAUGGUAAUUACAUUUGCUACAUUUGUUUUUGUAUUUGUUGUCGUUACACUAACAUAAACAAACGUUAGUCAAACGGUCAAGGCAAGCCUCGAGUUCCGGGUCCGAAAAACCCCAGACCUGGUACAGUGAGAGUUAGUAACAAAUAUUGUAAGCGUAUCAAUAAUUUCUUAGACUGGGAAAGCAAUAAUUUCAAUAAAAGAGAAUGUUCAUUUAAGAAUGAA